UAUGCUCCGUUCUCAUCUGCUCAAAAAUGCCUCGUUGAGUCUCAUUCCAAAACAGAACGCGGCGAACAAGUUCUGCUUUUCCAUCGGCUGAGUUCUUUCGUACUCGCUCGCCGUUUUUCUUUUUGAACUUUUUUUUUUUUUUUUCCCUUUUUUCCCCCCUCUCCUAUCCCCUCAUGCAGCCUGCACAGGCACCACCUCCUCUGGCAACCAUCUGCUGCUCGCCGUCGCCUCGGCUCCGACGCGGUCAAACCAAAUUAGCCCGGCUCAUGACAACAGGUCCUCUACGUUACGUGUUUGUUUCCAUUAAUUUCAUUUUUUGGGGGGGGGGGGGUGGGGGGGAGGAGGGGCGUCUUUGAAGGCUGAGCGUGCGGAUCCAAUCGAGCGGAAGCCCAAAACCGGAGGAUUUUAAUGCAAGCUCGGCUGCCUUUAAUGCUUUGGGACCAUCCUGGUUUUAAAGGUGACUUUUCCGUUGGCAAGUAUUUUAAAAAAAUGAAGAUAUCACGGCGCAAUUUGACCGGGAUUUACAUUUUUUAAUCCCGUGAAAUAAAGGUGUGGCAUCUCCGAUUUUUAAAAUUGUUUCAAAUUUUUUUAUUCCUCUGCAAAAGAAGAGAAUCCGCAAUGUAUCCUGAUUAACUUACCCUCUUCUUUUACAUUUUUUUUUAAUGCUACAAUAACGCUUUGCAUAACUCGCCCCCCACCUCUUGGUGUCGCCUGAAGGCACCGCGCAUGCGCACCACUCAUACCCCCCGCCCCCCUCCCCCUCGCUGGCUUGUCACCAUUUUUCUUCUGGUUGGAAAAGUGUCACCGGUGACGUCAAUCAGCCGCCUCUGACCAAUUAGAGAGCGGCCCGAUUGUUGUGCUCGGCGGGCUGCGAGCGCCCACCGCGAGCCGCUAUUCUCUAUCAAAUGCGUCCUGCUGCCCAGCGAACGUUGCCCCGCCGCUAGACGCAACUUUAAAAAGUUUAUUAUUUUUUUCCCCCCUUUGAAUUGCGAUUAAAACAUAUUUGUCAUCAUUACUGUUUUGCCCGCUGUCAAGUGCAAAAAAGAAAGAAAAGAAAAAAAAACCAACUCCAAAAAUUCGGGUAGUAAUGAGCGCCGAUGCGCUGGGAAGCCCCGCGAUGGACCCUGCCUUCUCCAAACGGAACGCGGCGCUGAGAUUAGUUGACUUGGCGGGGGCUCACCACCACCACCUCCACCACCAUCAUCAUCAUCACCGCCACCCUGCCCCUCCGAGCGUGACAGGCUUCCCGGGGUUCGGCAGCCAUCCGCACUCAAUGGCUCACGUGCACCCCGGGGAGAUGACUGCGGAACCCCGCCUGGGGCCGAGUCCAUUCGGGCCAGAACACAUGGGGCACACGGCGGCCCUCAAAAUCAGCCCAGCCCAUCAUUAUCCCCUGCACCAUCACCAGCAGCACCAGCCUCAGCACAAUCAUCACAUGGCAGGCCACAGCGAAGUGGUCUCCGGUCCAACGGGAGCUUUCGGGGCGACGCCGAUGCCCUACUCGGGUAUGACGCACCCGGCCCAGGCUCUGACCGCAGGUAGGGACUUCCUCCGAGCCACGCCGGUUCUGGCCGACCACCACCACCACCACCACCACGCCGCCGCCGCUUCUUCUCACCACGGAAUGUUUGUCUCGACAACAGGUAGCUACCCCGCGCACUACGGCCACGACGCCGGCAACCAUGCGCUCUUCUCCGGGCUGCACCAAGAGCAAGCUCCGGGCGGCCAAAUCCGCUUGGGACUACCGGGGGACAUGUACGUGCGCUCGGAGCACUUGUCGGCGAGCACCCGAGCCGACGCCUUCUACGGAGGGCUCAAUCUCAACCUGGGCGCGCACCCCGCCCACCACCAGCACCACCACCACCAGCACCACCCGCCCCACGGAACCGGCGCCUUCUUCCGCUACAUGCGGCAACCCAUCAAGCAGGAGCUCAUCUGCAAGUGGCUGGAGCCCGGAGAGAACCGCUGCGCCCGGACCUACAGCACCAUGCACGAGCUGGUCACGCACGUCACCGUGGAGCACGUCGGCGGGCCCGAGCAGGCCAACCACGUCUGCUUCUGGGAAGAGUGUCCACGCGAGGGCAAGCCCUUCAAGGCCAAGUACAAGCUGGUCAAUCACAUCCGCGUGCACACGGGCGAGAAGCCCUUCCCGUGUCCCUUCCCCGGCUGCGGCAAAGUCUUCGCUCGCUCGGAAAACCUCAAAAUCCACAAAAGGACGCACACAGGUGAGAAGCCGUUCAAGUGCGAGUUCGCCGGCUGCGACCGCCGCUUCGCCAACAGCAGCGACCGGAAGAAGCACUCGCACGUGCACACGUCGGACAAGCCGUACAACUGCAAAGUGCGCGGCUGCGACAAGUCCUACACGCACCCGAGCUCGUUGCGCAAACACAUGAAGGUGCACUGCAAGUCCCCGCCGCCGCUCAGCUCCGGCUACGACUCGUCCACGCCGUCCCUGGUGUCCCCCUCGUCGGAUCCGGGCCGCGAGCCGCCGCCGCCGCCGCCGCCGCCACCGUCGGCGGCGCCCGGAGGCCCCCCACACGCCGGCUCCUCCGCCAACCUGAGCGAGUGGUACGUGUGCCACAGCUCCGGGGCCAGCGGCGCCCACAGUGGACCCUCCACGCCGGACUCGGCCACCGAGGACGAGCCCCCGUACAGGAACCGGGACCCGAGGGAUAACUUUUAGUCUCGCUGCCAAAAAGAGUGACUUUUUUAAAAGACACAAUAAACACAAUUUUUUUUUUUUUUUUUUAAUGGAGCGAUUCGUGUUCAAAUCAUGUGUGGACUUUGUGGAACAUUCAUGUAGUGCAGGCAGAGGUGGGCAAAUUGUUGGUCUCAAACAUUUGAUAUAUAUAAAAUAUAUAUUUUUAAAAUGACACAUGGGCCAGGUAAUUGGUAGAUGAAGGAAAAAAAAGUUUUUUUUUUUAAAUUCUUAUUAAAUAAACACAAUCUUAUAUGUUUUACUUUUUGGUCGAUGAAGAUGACGUGAAAGUGAAAAAUUAUGUAUGCUCUUUGCGGCUUUAAAAAAUAUAUUUUUUUUAAUCAACAGACUACAUAAUUUACACUUUUUGACAAAUGUGCCAUGCAUGUUAUUUGUAUUUGAGAUUUUUAAAAAAGUAAAAUAUAUAAGAUUAAGUUAAAAACAAGUUAAAAAAUAAAAUAAAAUAUGUAAGAUUUUGUUUAUUUUGUAAAUAUUUAUUUAAUAAAUAUCUAAUCUUAUGUAUUAAAAUGAUGGGCCAGGUCAUUCGUUGAUGAGUUGGGAAAAAAAUUUCUAAGAUUUUUUUUAAAACUCUAUUUUAAAUUUCCUUUUAAUGUAGAAAUGUUUUAAAAUAAACAAAAUCUUAUAUUUUUUUCCUUUUUUUUGACAGCUGGGUCAGGUCAUUUGUGUAUGAGGUGAAACAAGGGAAAAUAUAGAUUUUAUUUUAAUAUUAAAAAAAGACAUCUUGCAUAUUUCAUUUUUUUUUAUUUUAAAAGUAUUAAGAAAUGAUUUGUUCAAGAGUUUAAAAAAGUUAAAUAUAUAUUAUACAUUCAUUUUAUGAAUAUUUUGAAAAUAAAAUAUUUUUCUUAUCAUGUAAAAAUGACCUGACCCGUUUGUCCGUUAAAAUCAAACAUCUCCCUUUACACAAUUCAUUCUUAUAGUUUAAUUAUAGUUUGUUGACCAACCAAUUAAAAAUGCAAACAUAUGAUUUUUUUAACCAAUAUUUUCAUUUUAUUGUUUACAUAAGACAAUCAAGGAACUAUUGAAUAAGAAAUAAACAUUGCUAAGAAAUUAACACUACAUUUUAAUUAACCAAUUUUAGAAAAAAAAUGGUCGAAUGAAUGGAUUUUUAAAAAUAUAUACAUGUAAAGUACUCAAUGUAAAAGUUCAUUGGCCCUGUAUGUGGUCCGCGGGCCAUACUUUGCCCACCUCGACGUUGACUUUUAGCGCAUGCUUUGUGUGUGUGUGUGUGUGUGUGUGUGUGUGCGUGUGUGUUUUUAUAAAAUUGUAGUCCCAUUUUUUUCUCUCUUAAUUUAUUUUUCAAUCUGGUUUUGUAUCCAAGAACCAAAGUGCACGUUUGAAAAACUCAUCGAGGCCAAAAUGUACAUUUUGUAAAUGUUGUCCAUGUUUGGUAAUUUUGUACCCAAACGUUUUUUUGUUUUUGCUUUUUGUUUACAUUGAGCUGGUUUUGUGCAAAGGCUCGUCCAGCGAAUUCAUUUGAUAUACUGAGCGUGAACGUGAACACGGUUUAGUGGCUUUUCUACGAAUUAAUGUCCUUUAAUUAUUUUUUUUGUUUUGUCCCCCCCCCUCGCCCCCCAGCAUCGAGCAGCACUCACAAUUCUUGUACUGAACUGCCUUGUUAUUUGAGUAUUUUGCAUAAACCUCGCCAAAUAAAAGUGAAGUGCUCCUUUACAUUGGAGUUUUCCAAUGUUCUUUUUUCAACUGAA